AUGGAUAUGCAACUUACCAAUUUGACUAGAACGUGGAUUGCACCACCGCUUUUGGGAGGCGAUGAGUUGGAAUUGGAACACAGUAUUCCAACAAUUGAAGUUAAUAGUGAACUGAAGUACUCAUUGGGUUCCAAUCCAUUUACCAACUGUGGUUAUGUCAAAGACGUUUCAUUGCGAGUCGUGGCACUGGCUGGAUGUGGAAGUGGUUUAUCCGCUGCGAGUGCUGCGAAGGAUGGAGCUCUGACAGCAGCACAUUUGACUGACACUUGUUGCAUGCAGUGUGUGGAGUUUGAGUAG